AAGCACCUCACACCAAAAACCCUCACAGCAAUCCUUACUAGCUAGCUCUCGCGUUUCUCUUCUUACAACAAUCAUCUCUUGAUAUUGAUUAACUUAUAUCAGUUUUCUACCCACCAGUUGAUUAGCAUUGUACCCUUCUCGAUCGCUGUACUUGGCAUUGUGUUCUAGACGGUAGUUGGACUUUGAAAUCUAAAGCGUAGAGCUCUUUGUCGAGAUCAUGGAGAGGGUGACACAAUUGGCAUCAGAGAGGGCAGUGGUGAUCUUUAGCAGGAGCACUUGCUGCAUGUGCCAUGCCAUCAAGACCUUGUUGUGUGACUUUGGGGUGAACCCGGCGGUUCAUGAGCUGGAUGAGAUACCUAGAGGAAAGGAAAUCGAGCAAGCACUGUCGAGACUUGGGUCCCCAACCUUGCCAGCAGUGUUCAUUGGCGGUCAACUCGUGGGUGGAGCCAAUGAGAUCAUGAGUCUUCACCUUAAUCGCUCCUUAAUCCCAAUGCUUAGACGUGCUGGGGCGUUAUGGGUUUGAAUUAAUAAUAUUCAUCAUCAACUAAUUAACUCCUAUAUAUACAGAAUAAUGAGCAUGGAUGCGUUUUGGUCAUAUAUAUUUGAUAAUAUUAAAGUGCAGGAUCGAUGGAUUAUGAGUGUUAUAUAUUGAGGUUUUAAUGCAGUUAUCAAAAGCUUAGUUAACUAAUAAUCCUUUUUUAAUGUAAUGCAAUAUCUUUUUUCACUAAUAAUAUGGCCGAAUGUAUUAUUGUCCA